AUGUUAGUAGGUGACCAAAGUUUGAAAAUUAAUGCAAAUUUUCCAUGGCAAACAUUUGGAGUCACAUAAUCUCUUAAUAAAAUGUUAAUGGCAAUUUUAUUGUUGCUGACUUCAUUUCGACGUUGCAUUCUUCAUCCCAUAUCAGUGAAAGAUUUGGUAACAGCAGGCGCAAGCAAAAAUGAUACAUUCGGCAUGCCAAAUUUGCAAAGAAAUGGCUCCGAAUCUCAUGAAAACUUAGUUUCUUUGAUUUCAAAACUUGGAGAAAAUUCAAAAAUAAUUCAUAUUUUUGGAAAUCCCAUAAUUUCCAAAAAGAUAACCAAACAUUUGAACUGCGAGGAUUUAAUCGCAAUGCUAAGCAUAGAUGUUUUCCAAGAUUUUGCCGAGCAGUCACUGAAAGUUCGUCAUCAGAUUGCUUACAUUCGAAAGAAUAAUUUGUAUCCAAAAAAUUUUCUCAGACAAGCUCAUUGCGAAUGCUUCCAAAAUUCAUCUAAGCCUGCGCAACCAUUCGUAAUUGUAUUUGGCAAUGAGCGACUUGCAAAAGAUUCCAAAGCGAUUUUCAAGAAUUCACCCUGCUCACAAGUCUGCAUCUGGUCGAUACCAAACGGCUUCCAUGAAAUUCCUGAAUUUAAAAUGGAAACGGAAAUGAAAAAUAAAAUGCCAAUAUUCUAUUCAGAAACGAUGCUUGAAAAUUUUCCAUUUCUGGGCAUUAACGCUCGUAUGAAAAAUGUGCAUAAUGGAUUUAUUAUACCAUCGACGUUAUGUGGACGUGAAGAUAUUUAUGUGCAUAAAGAUACAUGGUCAGAAUACCAAAUACCUGAGAAAUGGAACGAUGAACACUUGUCAUUCUUUGUUGAUUGUAAUGUAAAGAGAGAUGCGAAAAUUACAAUAUUCUUUGCAUCUUUCAUCGGAAUGGUUGAAACUUCUAUCGCUCAUCACUAUCUCGAGUGUUUAGGUGCAUAUCAAAACAAACUGAUGAAUCUGACGAAUAGACAAGUUUGUGUGAUAUCUCAAGUAUCCCCCGGACAAGUAAGCUUAAGUAAAACAGCCAUGAAAGUAAUUGUUAUGACAUUUGGCGGAGAAGGUGUAGAAGCAAUAACUUUUGCGAUAAAAACUGAUGAUAAAGCUGAGCUUGUACAACAGUUUAAAACAUGGCAUGCGCAAGUAAUUUCAAAAAUGGGAAACAAGCAAAAAAUUGCGUUUUAUUUCAAAACAACGGAAUGUAAUGAUCCUGAGGAUUGUGAAUUAUUAUUCAAUCAAGAAUUCCCUGACAUAAAGUUAGGAACCUUGUGCUUGUUCAACAAUGCAAAAACUUCAUUACUUCAGUCAGAUGAACAAUUCUUGCGUAGAUCCAUUUUUGCUAUCAUUGGUUUCCAGAGUAUCUUGGACUUUACUCAAGUAUCAACUUAA